AAGAAAAUGCAUCACUAUAAAAUGUCUUGGCACAUAGAUUAAGGAAAUUUGCAAAAGACAAUCUUCCAAACAUUGUAAAGAUUACAGAUAAAAAGCGGUGAGAUUAAAUAUUUGUGUCCUUACAGACAAUCUUCUUAACUGAAAUUGUCUUCUCUACAGCGUUAGGCGUAGGCAGUAAGGAUGUGUCAAAGAUUUACUAUAAACGCAUUUUAAGGGACGCCUGAAAUUACAUAGUCAUUACACUCAAGUCUUAUUUCUUGUGCAAAAAUUAUUUUUAAAAAUCUGUCAGAUUAGGCAUUUAAAUACAAAAUACUGAACAAAGAAAACAAGAACCCUGAUGGAAAUAUCUAAUUAAAUUUCUCACGUUUUUAAAGGUUUGUUGGAAUCAGUAAAAGCUUUAUAUAUAUUAAGAGCUAUGUUCACGAGGAAAAUGCUUUUAGUUUUAAUUUUUAAAUAAUCAUUAUUUCUCUAUUUACGAUAUUUGAUGAUGAAACAUUGACCUGCGUAUAAUUUGUUUUAGUGUGUGUGUGUGUGUGCAUGUAUUGUUGUGUGUGUGCUCACGUAUUUGUGUGUGUGUGUGUUUUCACAUUUUGUUUUCUAAAAUUCCGUAGCCUACAAUUUAACCCAUGCUUGCAUUCUCUCCACUCCACCCAUCUUACUGCAAUUUUUUCCCCCGCGGUUUACAUACAGAGGGCAGAGACUGCGAUACGAAAAUGCACAUUGUAAUAAUUCCCAAAGAAAUAAGAAUUGAUUUGACAUUUGCAGUGUAAUUGUCCACUCAAUAGGUGCGCUUUAAUCAAUUACCGUAAAUAAACACAACGAACACGACAGGCGCUCCUAGUGAAGUAGUGCUUAAGGAGAAAUCCCUGCAAAUUCUAUAAAUUUGUAAAGUUUUCAGUUUUGAAGAAGGGAGAACACUGGGAUCAUUCAAACCCAUGUGGUCGUCAUGACCACGUGGACACAAGUCCCGGUCUUCACCACGUCCGAGCAGAACGUGUGGGACAUGACGCAGCAGUACAGCGGCCCGUGUCUGGUGGUACACCACACUGAUGUACAUGCAUCCACCAGUCAGGACAACAACACUUACAAACAGGAACAUUAUUGGAUUACCAUGGUUUCCUGCGGGGCACUUAUGCUGCUCCCCAUCCUCGGUAUCCCUGGCAACAUCCGUCAGCGCCGCGGUCUUCUACAGGCAGGGCCUAAGGGAGAGAAUCAACCUCUGUCUCUUCGCCUUGGCCAUCGUCGAUCUUGUCGUCGUGCUCGCCAUUUGUGCUGUGUACUGUGAACUUUUGUACCGGGAGGUAAUAGGACCAUCGUGGGUGAUCAAGCCGUACGCUGGUUGCCUAACAGGUUCUGUGUGGGCCUCGCACUUCCUGUCGGCUGUGAUCGCCAGUGAGCGGUGUUUCUGUGUCGUCAGUCCCUUCCACGCCAAGAGGCUGCUCAAGACGUCCACCAUGGCCGCCAUCAUUGUCGUGGGUAGUACCCUGUUAAUUGGAGGCAUGUGCGCUAUCGUGGCUCCCAAACAUAUCAGUGUGUGUAGAGUUGAUCCUCUGACUAACAUCACGGAGGAUAUCGUAUAUGUAACGAUAUUUUACCUGAAGAACAAAGCUAUUGUUGACGCCUUUGACAUUUUUGUAUACGCUACUGCGCUACCGGGGAUCUUUCUGGUCGUCAUCAUCGUCGCUACAGUCAUCACCUCCAUUAAGCUUCGAGCAGCUCUCGCCUGGCGUCACUCAUCGGUCUCCAAGGCGACGACAGUGACGACGACAUCCCCUGAGGGUCAAGGUGGCCUCAAGAUGUCCCACAAGGAAGUGGGUGUGACCCGGAUGCUAAUGGCCACGUCUGUCUUGUUCAUCGUGUGCAUCACACCUAACGUUAUCCUGCAGGUGACCACACUGGUGGUGUCAGACUUCAGCUACACAGGCCGCUACUACAACCUUAUCGAUGCAUCUUGGGGCAUUGUGAACUGCUUCUGGAUGAUAAGUUCUUCUUUCACAUUCUUUGUUUAUUUGAAAAUGGGGUCAAAGUUCAGGGACACAGUUUCGAAUAUGCUGUGCAAUAAAAAAGGCUAGGGUUUUUAAGUCACCAGUAUUCUUGAAAACAA